AUGGUGUCGGGCGUGGCGCGCCGAGCGCUGCAGCCCCGACUCUCGGGCCUCUCUCCAGCCUUCGCUCGGCCGGUAGCAACUCCUUUUGUCGCUCGCUGCCGUCCACAGGCUGGCCGGACCGAACCAUCACCGUUACAGAACUCUCGGAGCUUGUGGCACGCAUCGUCCGGCCGUGGACAGCCUCUGCCGGCCUUUUCCCUUUCGAUCUUCCGACACACAGCGCCGCCGUUUACGUCCAGCGCCGUCCCGGCCGGACCAACAUCGACGACGGCGCGAUGGUUUUCCCAAACAGGAUUUGCAGCGCAACAAGCUCGGUCGAAGGCGGAUGAGAAGUCGAAGGAGCCGGUACAGCAGUCACCGAAGCAAGAAGCCCCCGAUGAGACUGCCGAGCACGAAUUCAAGAAGAGUGACCGGGCAACCCAAGCCGCCCAGGUCAACCUUGCCGCCAAGCUGUCCAAGGAGGGCAAGCAGCAGAGCAAAGCCGGGUUCGCGGAGAUAUGGAGGCUCAUCAAGGUUGCGAGGCCCGAGAUCCGCUGGCUCGGCAUUGCAUUCGUCUUCCUCGUCAUCUCCUCCAGUGUCACCAUGUCCAUUCCGUUCUCGGUCGGCCGAAUCCUCGAUCUUGCCACCAAAGGCGAAGCGGAAGAUAUCCGCCUUUUCGGCUUCACGAUGAACCAGUUCUUCAUGGGUUUGGCCGCAGUCUUGACCCUUGGCGCCAUGGCCAACUUUGGCCGAGUCAUCCUCCUGCGCAUUGUUGGCGAGAGGGUUGUCGCACGGCUCCGCUCCCAGCUCUACAGGCGCACGUAUGUCCAGGACGCCGAGUUUUUCGAUGCGAACCGCGUCGGCGAUCUCAUCUCACGACUCAGCUCCGACACGGUGAUCGUCGGCAAGUCUGUCACCCAGAACUUGAGUGACGGUUUACGAGCUCUCUUUAGCGGCGGCGCCGGAUUCGCGAUUAUGGUCUGGACCAGCCCAAAGCUCACUGGGCUUCUGCUCCUCAUGUUUCCUCCGAUCGCAAUCGGUGCCGUCUUCUACGGACGGGCCAUCCGCAACGUCAGCAGAGCGAUCCAGAAGAACCUCGGUACGUUGACCAAGAUUGCUGAGGAGCGCUUGGGCAACAUCAAGACCAGCCAGGCUUUCGUCGGAGAGGUUCAAGAAGUCGGCCGGUACAACAAGCAGAUCCGGCGCAUCUUUGCCUUGGGCAAGAAAGAGUCGCUCAUUGCCGCCACCUUCUUUGCUUCAACGGGCUGGGCGGGGAACAUGACCAUCCUGGCCAUGCUCGUCGUUGGAGGCAGUUUCGUGCGAUCCGGAGCCAUGUCCCUCGGAGACCUGACGUCGUUCAUGAUGUACACAGCCUUUGCCGGCUCUAGUCUCUUUGGUCUCUCUGGGUUCUACUCGGAACUCAUGAAGGGUGUGGGUGCGGCUAGUCGCCUGUUUGAGCUGCAGGACCGCCGACCCGGAAUCCACCAGACCGUGGGCAAGCCAGUCAAGUCUGCUCAAGGGCCCAUUCGGUUCGACGACGUCAGCUUCGCCUACCCGACCCGGCCGGCCGUCAAGAUCUUCAACGGGCUCAGCUUUGAAAUCCCGUCAGGAAGCAACGUGUGCGUCGUGGGGCCAUCUGGCGGAGGCAAGUCAACAGUGGCGUCGCUGCUGCUCCGGUUCUACAACCCAACUUCGGGUUCCAUUACGAUCAACGGCGUCGACAUCUCUGAGAUGAAUGUCAAGUCGCUGAGAAGACGCAUCGGCAUGGUCUCCCAGGAGCCGGUGCUGUUCUCGGGGACCAUUGCCGAGAACAUCGCCUAUGGCAAGCCGGCCGCGUCGCGCAUGGAAAUAAUCUCGGCUGCGCGGAGAGCGAACUGCAACUUCAUCAGCGAUCUCCCUGACGGCCUGGAGACGCAGGUUGGCGCAAGGGGGUCGCAGCUUUCGGGCGGGCAGAAGCAACGCAUCGCCAUCGCGCGGGCGCUGCUCAAGGACCCGGACAUUCUGAUACUCGACGAGGCCACGUCGGCCCUGGAUGCCGAAUCAGAGACGUUGGUCAACGAGGCGCUGGCGGGCCUGCUGCGAGGCCACAACACCACGAUCUCGAUUGCGCACCGGCUGUCGACGAUUAAGCGCUCGGACCAGAUCAUUGUCCUCAAUAACGAGGGCAAGGUGGCCGAGAUUGGCAGCUACACGCAGCUCGCGGCCGACCCCGAGAGCGCCUUCAGCAGGCUCAUGGAGUGGCAGAUGAGCGGCGGCGAGGUCCCGGAAAAGAGGAGCUCGGAGAAGGGCGCUCACAUUACCGAGGCCGAGGAGCUGGAGCAAGACCUCGCACAAGAAGAGGACGCGGAGCCGCAGGAGGAGCACCACGAAGACGUCGAGAAAGAAGCGUCGCAGGCGCCGGCCAACCAAGGUCGUCCGUGA